UCCAAACACACAAGCAGGUGUGUUUUGGAAUACGAUUAGGUCAAAACCUCCUCGCUCCGAAUUCCGAGCCUGUCAUCUGAUCUCCGAUUAAUCCCUCUCUCUCUUUCCUUUUUUUUCUUCAUCAAUUCCUUCCAAAUUUUGGUUUUUUUUUACUCCAUUCAAGAUGUCAACGCCUCGUGUAAUGGUGUUAAUUUGAUCGAGUCUGAGAGGGACUGGAAUUGGGUGUGGCAUCGGGAGGCGGCCAAGCGAUGGAGGGCGGAGCUGGCGGCGGGGUCGACGUGGAGUUGGUCUCCAAGACGCUGCAGUUCGAACACAAGCUCUUUUACUUCGAUUUGAAGGAGAACCCGAGGGGAAGGUACCUGAAGAUUUCCGAGAAGACAUCGGCCACGAGGUCGACCAUCAUCGUCCCCGUCGACGGCGUCGCUUGGUUCGUCGAGUUAUUUGGAUACUACAUCGGCACUGACGAGCAGGACGCCUUCAGCAAGGAGCUCAAGCUCGAUUCCAAGGCGUUUUUUUUCGACAUUGGCGAAAAUAAAAGAGGCCGCUUUUUGAAGAUAUCCGAGUCAUCUGUCAAUAGGAACCGGAGUACAAUCAUUGUUCCAGCUGGAAGUUCAGAAGAAGGAUGGGCCGCAUUUAGGAAUGUGUUACAAGAGAUACAUGAAGAGGUCUCGCGACUUUUCAUGGUAGCAAACCAGCAGCAACAUAUGGAACCUCUUGAGCGACUCUCAGGUCUUUCAGAUGAUGUCGGUGCUGGAUUUAUAUCAGGUCACAGUGCUCACUCGGUAUCUGGUUCUGAAUUAAACGUUGAACGUCUGGUAGAUAUGCAUGCACAUGAUGAUAUCGGAGGUAUGGGAAUGUCGAAAGUAAUUAGGGUCGAUCAGAAGAGGUUCUUCUUUGAUUUGGGCAACAACAUUAGAGGUCAUUUCUUGAGGAUAUCUGAGGUUACUGGGGCUGAUCGCUCAUCCAUCAUCCUCCCUCUGUCUGGUCUGAAGCAGUUCCACGAAAUGGUUGGCCAUUUUGUCGAGAUAACAAAGGACAGACUUGAAGGGAUAGCCGGUGCAAAUGCCCGAACUCUGGAGCCUGCACAGAGAUGAUCAUGCUCAAUUUGGAAUUCGGAUCGCCAGGGAACUUAGGUCUCGUGGUUCUUGUAUUUGAUGUGUUAUCAUUGUUUUGUGAUGAGCAAUAAUCUUAUUCAAUGUUCCAAGGGAAGAGUAGAAGUGUUCCAAAGCUUUCUCGAGCUGAAGAAUAAUGUAGGUCGAGAUUGUAGCAUGUCCUGCCGCGGCAAAACUGCUAUUUGUUUGUUUCUAGCCAAUAAUCUGAAGCAUAAUUGCUGUUAUUCCUGCAAAACUCUUGUACAAUAGGAAGUCUAAAAUAUGUUUUGAGAUCACUAAUCUUAACUUUUAUUAUUAUUUUUCUAUUA